AUGGCGGUGGAUGAUGGCGGCAAACGAUGCCGGCGGACGAUGGCGGUGGACGAUGGCGGCGGACCAUGGAGGCGGACCAUGGCGGCGGACCAUGGCGGUGGACGAUGGCGGCGGACGAUGGCGGUGGACCAUGGCGGCGGACCAUGGCGGCGGACCAUGGCGGCGGACGAUGGCGGCGGACGAUGGCGGCGGACCAUGGCGGUGGACGAUGGCGGCGGACCAUGGCGGCGGACGAUGGCGGUGGACGAUGGCGGCGGACCAUGGCGGCGGACCAUGGCGGUCUCUUUCCCGCGGGCGCACAUCUGUCCCGCAGCAGUGGGUCCUUGUUACCUGUUGUAG